UUUUCAUUAUCGCGCCUGCGCACUGUGUCCAUAGCAGAAAUGUUUGGGAGACGACAGAAGUUAUCUUUCAGAGGAUGUCGUCUGUUGUAGCAAUGGAUCAGGAUUGAAAAAUGGAAAUCGCCAUGACCUUUAGUGACAAGCAUUGAAUAUGGAUAGAACAAAAGACAGGAAAACAUGGAUACAAAGUGAUUCUAAAGGGGAGUAUCCAGUGGUUCCUGCCAUUAAAGAAGAAAUCUUACCACAGUAUGAAGAAUAUUUACUGCUUCUUCAAGAACGAAAUAGGCUGCUGACACAACUGCGACAGAAAAAUAAACAGCAAGUGCAACUUGAACGCAAGGAAAAAGGUUUCUCGAUCUACGUAAAUGGAGCAAACAUAGAUCUUCCAGCAAAUUCUUCUUUGCGUUUAGCGGCAGGAUUAAAGACUGCCACAGAAUCUCGUAAUCCAGCUGUUUCCUUGUUGCAAAAUCUUCAAGGAAAGUCUGGAGACCAAACUAAGAAAAGAGCUAAGACAGCACCUGCCAGGGAGAGGAGGAGAAACUGGAAUGUUUCAUCCGUGGAUAUAGCUACUAAUGAUGGACAAAAAAAAGUCAAAGCACCUGAGAUACUGUCUGGAAAGUAUGAAGAGGACUUUGAGGAGAUUAAUAUUGAUGAAGAUGUUGAUGACAUUGAAGAUGUUGGAAACAGUGUUAGCAGUUCUUCUUCCUUACAUACACCACGUCGACAAAAAACCAGCUAUCUCAAACGCAAGGUGGCAUCCUUACGAGAAAACACAAUGACCAUCACGGUAGCAGAUGUCCAUAAACUUCGUCAAAGCUUGGAAACAAAUGCUCACAUUCGUCAAAGUGUGAUUAUGGACAUUAGCUCAUCCUCUAGUCUUUCCUGUAGGGGAAAUGAUGUCAAUGAAAGUGAACAUACAUUUUCGAGUGAAGAUGAAAUUCCAGAGGACAUAGAAAUGUUCAAGGAAGACUCAGAAAGUGACCAUGAGCCUCCCAUUGACGAAGAUUGUGAAAUAGAAGAAGACCUAGAGCCUGCCAUGGAAAGUAUAAAAUUCAGUCGUGGAAACAAGAAGUCUCUUAAGCCAAACUUAGGUCCUGGAGAUACCAUUGUCCUAGAGUUUGCACCUAGUUCUGAUAAUAAAAGUAGAAUUGAGAAAAGUCUCAUGGCCGUCCGAAAGAAGGAGUCUGUUGAGGGAAUUAGCUCAAGUUCUUUGUAUUCAUCAGCUCUUUCUAAACCUCCUAUGUUAGAAUCAAAAUCAAGCCACAAGUCAGGUGCCACCAGAGACAUGAACCACAUAAAUACAGCACCUAGAGUAAAGACCCUAGUGUCAGCCAAACGCCACAGUUCAGGAUCGAAGGAAGAUUCGGCUGAAGAAGCUUUAGCCGUGAUCAAAGCAAUGAAGGAAGAAAACCAAGAGGCUGCUCAUUUUGCCAAGAGUGCAAGACCUUUACCACUCCCAGGCAGUAAAUCCCGACAACUUGCUCCUCCGAUAAAGAGUUCCUCCCAGGAGUGUGUAAUUGACAACAAACAAGAUUCAGACCACAUUUCUGUCAUUGUCAAGCGGGUCUUGGAAAUGGCUCCCAAACAGCAAAGAGGAUUGCUGAAGAUGUUGUCAAAAAUUGAUGAUUCUCUGACUGAAGCAAAUGGAAGCGGUUUUAACAAACCUUUGGACUCCAAAGAGAAGGGAGGAAAGGUGACUAUAGAAAUGGUAUCCAACUGGGGUCAUCCAUCACGACUAGGUUUGACUGAGAUACAGCUGUUAAAUGAAUUGGAACAUCUGCUGCCAGUUUCUAGUUCUGGAGUAUUUGUCCACGGUGCUGAGACAAUGUCAGGCUCACCUAGUAUCCUCUUUAAUGGCAAAACAAAGACUACAAAAGAACGGAACAUGUGGAGUUGUCGAUGGACAGGACGACCUAUUGUUCUGUGUAUUGAAGUGGGUAAUGUCAAGGGUCAACAAAGUCAGCUGUCAGCUCUUCGAAUCUGGAACUGGAACAAGAGUAUUCAGGAGCUUGAUGCAGGUGUACGACAAGUGCGAGUGUUUGUUGGAGAUGAACUGGUGUUUGAUGGUGAUGUGGACAAAGGCUGUGGCAACCAUGUAUUUGACUAUAGCAAGACCAUCCAGUUUUCAGACAAACUGACAUCAAAAAGACUGGAGAGUCCCUCAUCCUUCAGUGCUAAAAGUAUGUCAAGCAAAGACAGAAGCCCCACCAGGACUAACGUGUCAAUUCCUCCUCCAUUCCCUGCAACCAGCUACAGUCUUUCAAACUGGGGAUUACCUUCACCUUUGAAGGGGGACAACCCCAGUGUGCCAAAUGAUGGACAUCAUCACACAUUCAGGAGUAUCAGUCGAUCUUCAGCCUCCUCAGCUUCUUCAUCUGGUUCCCACCCAUCUCGCCCUUCAUCACAGAAUGAUGAGAAAGGGAGACAAACACGUAGUGAAACUCGUACGCUUGGGAGACCUAGUCAAAUAAUGCGUCAGAAUACAUGGGAUACUGACCAUUCCAGUCCAGAAAAUGAGCACCAAGACACUGAAAAUGACAAUGUGCCGGAGAGGAUCUCCAACACUCCUUGCUUUUCAAAGCAUAUAUCUGGACGUCUGAGUGGGAAAUCUUCAGAUUCAGACACUUCACGUUCCAACACAGAUAGUUGUGAACAGAAGCCACCUCUUCCACCAGACAAGUCAUUGCAGAAAUCAGCUGAUAAGAUGGCCAGAUCAACAGAGAAACUAGCGCCCAAGGCUUCCAAAUCAGAACCCCUUAAGUCCCCUCGUGCUGCUCCUGUUCUGUCUGUCAAAUCCUCUUUAUCAGGACAAGACCUAAGACACGAGGAAGACAAACUGGAAGCCCCAAUAGUUGAGCAACUAAAAAACAUGGGGCUGAGGGAGAGCAAGAGAAAGAAAGAUAUUCCUAGAUGGCUAACGUCUGGAGAAGCAGUAGAGGUCAAAACUGAUAAUUUGAAUGAAAGAAGUACCACUAAGAUAAGAAAACAAAAUAACACCAAAGCAGCUGCUAAGCCAGAAGAAGAUGAAGAUAUUCAGAGCCUUCUGGAUGAGGAGUUUGCAAAGUUUUCAGAUCCAAAAGCAGGGUUGCUGCCCAAUAAGACACUCAAGAAGAGCAAAUUACCACCCUCAUCCUGUCCAGAAGAAGAUGAUGAUACCGUGUCUCCCAUGAAAAGAAUAGAGAAAAGCAGAUCUAAAUGGCGAAGUAAACAAUCGGAGAACAUUGAAGAAACAUGGGGCUCUCUCUCGUUUUUCAAUAAGUCACACCGUGGACGUCUGUCUAUUGAUAUGACAGAUGAUAUCCUGGAUGAAUACCUUGCACCUGCAAAGAAGUCAGAAAUAUCUCCGUUGCCGAUACCCGAGGAUGGCUUUACAGAUGAUGAUGAGAGCUUUGUCAUCCCUGAACUACCGACAGGUCAGGAAUUGGUUAUUAAUAUCUUAUCCACCUGGGGUGAUAAGCAUUAUGUUGGGUUGACCACCAUCCAAGUAUUUGCCAGCACUGGAGAACAGGUGCAAAUAAAAAAGAUUCAUGCUGACCCCCCAGAUAUUAACAUAUUGCCUGAGUACGAUCGUGACCCUCGAGUUGUCACUAACCUGCUGGAUGGAGUCAGCCGCACACGUGAUGAUACACAUAUGUGGUUAACACCAUUUACUCCAGGAAAAAAUCACUUCAUCUUCAUUACUUUUGCCAAAUCUUACAAUGUUGCUCUCAUCAGAAUAUGGAACUACAACAAAUCCCGCAUACAUUCCUAUCGUGGUGCCAAAGAUAUCGUCAUGACAUUAGACAAGACUGUCAUCUUUAAGGGAGAAAUUGCUCGGGCUUGUGGUGGAACUGAGGGUGGCACCGAAGCAUUUGGAGAUACUAUUCUUUUUACUACUGAUGAAGAAGUACUGGAUGCUGUAUCCAGAAAUGAUGAUGCCUUUGAGGGUGACAUGCUGAGUGAGGGAGAAGAGGAUAUACCUCUACAGCGUCCCAGAACUGCUGACAAUGAGGAAAGUGAUGAGAUGCGUCCCUUCACCCGAGCUGCAGGACAGCUAGAGAAGAAAGAGAAAACUCCAUCUGGCAUGGUGACAUUUGCAGGCGACAUUUUGGUCUACAAAACACACAAACUGGAGCUGAAUUUCACAGCUACAUGGGGAGACUUGCAUUAUUUGGGCUUGACUGCUUUGGAGGUGGUUGGAAAGGAUGGAGAAGCAUUGCCUUUAAAUAUGUCUGUGUUGUCUGCCCAACCACGUGACAUUCGUCACCUCAAGGGUCAUGAAAGAGACGAUCGCACACUGGACAAGUUGAUUGAUGGCACAUGCAUAACUACGUCGGAUGAGCACAUGUGGCUGGUACCUUUCACAGAAGGACAGAACCACACUGUGACAGUGACUUUUCCCCAAGAGACGUUAGUAUCUGGUCUGCGGAUCUGGAAUUACAACAAAACUCCAGAAGAUACUUUUCGUGGGGCUAGAAUUAUGCAUGUGAGUAUCAAUGAACGCUGGAUAUCUCCAGAAGAAGGAUUCUUGGUGCGCAAGGGACCAGGCAAUUGUCAUUUUGACUUUGCACAGGAAAUUAACUUCACAAGGAAUCCAGAAGUGCCAUCUCAGGGGAAUCAAAACACAAAUGAUGAAGGUGAACCCAUGCAGAUGCCCUGUGGAUUCAUUUACCAGCUGCAUCUCUUUUCAACAUGGGGUGACCCAUACUACAUAGGGCUGAAUGGUCUCGAGUUCUAUGAUACAUUUUUCAAGAAAAUCAUCCUCACUGAAUCAAACAUUGCAGCACACCCCAAUAGUGUGAAUGUGCUGGAACAAGUGCACAAUGAUGUGCGCACACCAGACAAACUGAUAGAUGGAGAGAAUGACACCAUGGAUGGCCGACAUAUGUGGCUGGCUCCCAUUCUUCCUGGUGUGAUGAACCGAGUGUACAUAAUAUUUGAUCAGCCAACAACAGUCUCCAUGAUCAAGAUUUGGAAUUACAGCAAAACACCACAAAGGGGUGUCAAAGAUUUUGCUCUGCUGGUUGAUGACCUGCUUGUGUACAAUGGCACACUACAGGCUGUGAAAAGCACAGCAAGUGGCAUCUUGCCCACAUGUUCAGGCCCCCAGCAGUAUCACACUAUUCUCUUCACUGGCAAUGCAGACGUUCUUCGCCGCGAAAAAUACACUGUCAUAAACAACCAAGCUGAGGAUCAAGAUGUUCAACUACUGAAUGAUAAGAAAAUAGUCACCAAACAUGCAGACCCCAACAAAGCCAACUCUGGCAAGCCUGUCAACCAAGCUUUAAGACCAAAGACUAGUGUUAUCGAAGUAAACAAAAGGACAAGGUGAUCUUCCUUGACAAGGCUCGUUACACUUCAUCAUCAGUAUAGUGGAUGUUACAGGAAUCAGCAUUACAGAAGCAUGCAAGAGCAUAAAUCAUCCCUUCAAGAGAAUGCAGAGGGAUGAGCAUCCUUCUCUUAAAGGUGUUGCUGACAUUUAACAUCAUCCAUGAUCCUGCCUUCACUUUUUGGUGUUUAAACUUUCUUUGUUGGAUCUGACUCAACCAAAACAUUUCCUAUGGAAAACUCUUUUUGCCUCUGAAACAUGGUAAUCCUUUUAAAUUAUGAAUUUGCUUUUUAUUCACCAUCGGUUUUCAGAUGGUAUUUUGAGCCUCUGGAACCCGUCAUUUAAACCAAUUCCAGAUGUCCACAUCGGCCAGUUGUCAUGUAUUCAAAGUUAUGUCCGUCCAUGCACUCAAAUGUUGUGUUUAGCCACAGAUUAUUUUUUAGAGUAUUGUAACUUUGUGGCUUAGAUCUGAGAAUGUUUACUUAUUGUCAGCUUUCAGCAAAGAAAUUUUGUGGUCCUUUACUUUAAUAUUGUUUACAGAUAUACUCUAAAUGUACAGCACUGUAAAUUCUCCGCAUCAAAACAUGGACACUCCAUGACCAGACAGUAUAUUUUGGAAUAAGAAGUUUGUCCUUUUGUCUUGUCAGUGCACAGUAGCCUGCUGGAGCAUUGCAUUUCUUUAUAAGAUAAUAUGGGGGAAAAGUUUCAAUGAACCUUCUUUCAACAUAAAAUUGUUGCACUCCAUGUUGCCUUGCAGGUGUUAACAGUUUCUUUAUGGCCUUCCAGGCAAAGCACUAAACUUCUCAGCUGCUAAGGAUAGAUGCUUUUGAAAAUAUUUUGACACAAAACAUAUCAUAAAAGGUGUGCACCCAGGAAAUGGGUUUUGAGCAAAAGCUCACUAACAGUAUCAUAUGAAUGCAUGUCUUGCACUUGGCCUCAGAAAAUAACUGAGAGAGACUGCAAACAGCUCUUGUGCCAUUUCAUCCCUUAAUUUUUUUUUUAUUUUACACAUGUAUUGCAAGGAAUAGGAUUAAUGAUAUUUUUGGUUAUUAGAGGGCUUGCAUGCAUUUUUGCAUCUACAAUAUAUUCUUUAAAUCUUUUUUAUACACUGGGUUUUGAUAAGAAUGACUAGAAGAAAAUACUGCAUACCACUACAUUGUUAUAUAUGCUAGAUAUUAUAAAUGGUAAUUGCUCACAUAGUCCCUCUAAUCAAUAGUUGAUUUGAAAAGUUAUCCAGAAGACUUUGAAUUUAAUAACAUCCAAUGGGGUCUUUUAUUCCCAUCAGUGGUACAUACAAGUCAGGAGUUAUGUUGCACACUUUCCUUUGCACAGAAGGAUCAAAGACUGGAUGUUAGUUUUCAAAUUAGGGAGAUGUUUUAUUUGAAUGUGUGUUGAUGUACACCAUCACCCACAUAUUUCAAAGAUGAAAUCUCUUUAUUUAGUACUCAUAUCUACCAUUUUUAUAAUUCCCAGUUUCAUUUCUGGACCGAUAUAAGUUUUCAUUUGCCAAUCUUCAGGACAUGGUCAGUCAUCAAAAAAUAAAUAUUCCAGGAUACAUUUAAGCACAGGACUGUGAUUGUAUAGCAUGUGUAUAAUAGUUAUUAUGCUGUCAUCUUAAAUCUGGUGAAUUAGUGCAGCUUUAUUUCUUUUAUUGCACUAAAUGUUCAUCUUUAUGUAGGGGGGAGACUGUGUACAUGUGUAAAAUGUACUAGUCUUGUUUCUGUAAAGGGUUGCACAUUCAGAAAUGUGCAUUUAUUUCGAGGCAUUCUAUUGUUGGCCCAGUCAUUGAAUCUGUGAUAUCCAUUAACUCAUUUAAAGUCAGACCAUUUUGAUGAAUUACAAAAAUAUUUUAAACACUCACUUGUUUUUGCACUUAAAGGGUUCAAUAGGCAUUGACAUAUGAAGUUUUUACAGCAUUCUUACAUAUAUCUAUUAACUUCUUCCAUGCCUACACAUUUCUUUAAACAGUUUUAACAGUAAAUGUUAAAAUUGUCUCUUUAUCUACAUUUGUUGUUGAAAACAAUUAAAAGACUAACAGUUUUCAAAAAGUGUUAAAUUGUUUCUUCUAAAUGCUUCCUAUUGAAAUAAAAUAAGACAAUAGUCUGUCAAGUGUUUCCUA